AAAUAAAGAAAAAAUCAAUAUCGGUCGUUCACGUUUCCAAAGUAGUUACUAGCACUUAGCAUCUAUCUAGUCUAAGUUAAAUUAACUUGGCCUCGUUAACCAUAGAAUGGAUCCAGUAAAUACAUGAAACUUAAAGAUAUGGGCCAUUAUGGGCCUGGGCCUGAACCGAACAUGAAAAAGCUGGGAUAAUUGAAUUGACCCUUCUUUUUUGACUUUUCAGUUUUCAGCAUCGAGUUCGAGCCUCACCGUGUAAUCGGCAAAUCCCAACUCUUUUCCAAGGCUCUCGAAAUGAGUACAGGUGGAGCGUUUGGAGGAAACAGAGGAUUAAGACCAAUACCACCAGAAAAGGGCAUUUUCCCUUUGGAUCACUUGCACGAAUGCGAUGCGGAGAAGAAAGAAUAUCUUGGUUGUCUCAAGUCUUCAGCUCAUAAAUCUGAACAAUGUAGACAUCUAUCAAAGAAAUAUCUCCAGUGUCGAAUGGCUAAGAACUUGAUGGCAAAGCAGGAUAUGGCGGAACUUGGAUUCAGUGGUGUUAAAGAACUCGAUUCCGCUGAAGAUAAGAAUAAAGAGAGUAUCGAACAAUGAAGGUUGGCAAAACUUUGAGCCUCAUUUUGUAGAAUUUUGGAUUGACAUUGAGAUACCAUUUAAGAAUUUAGGUCCUAAAAUUCAACCACUCUCUAUAGUAUAUUCUUUAGCCUUCACCAAAUUUUUUGAAGUAUAUCAUAUACUGUAUAUGUAUACCUGUGUGAAAUAAAGCAUUAUACAAAGCCUGAAACAGAAGCAAAGCAUUGUCUUCGGGCCA